AUGCAGGUUUGCCGGGCGCUGCCCGAGGUGCAGACUAAAAUCACCAUCAUGGCCGACGACGACGUUACGUGGCCGAAGACGCUGAUGCCCUGGAUCCUAGCGCCCUUUGAGGACGACCGGAUCGGCGGGGUUGGCACCUGUCAGCACGUUAAGCGUGUCUGGACGGGAUCGUGGUCGAAACGUAUAUUCAACUGGCUCGGCGCUGCCUACAUCGAGCGUCGUAACUUUGAAAUAUCCGCAACGCACAACAUUGACGGUGGCACGUCCUGCAUGUCUGGCCGGACGGGCGCAUACCGAUCCGAGAUCCUAAACAGCCACGAGUUCUUGGAUGGCUUCCAGACGGAACUCUGGGGCAAAUUUAUUCUGAACGCGGACGACGACAAUUUUGUCACGCGCUGGCUCGUCAGCCACGGCUGGAAGACGUGGGUGCAGUACGAGCGGGCCUGUGAGGUCGAGACGACGCUGGAAAACGACGUGAAAUUCCUUUACCAGUGCUCGCGGUGGGCGCGCAGCAACUGGCGCAGCAAUUGGACGAGCCUUAUGCGGGAGCGAUUUGUGUGGUACCAGCAACCUUGGUCGACGUACGCGCUCCACUUUGCAACUUUCACGUCGCUCGCAUUCGUCGUUGACCCCCUGCUUCUGUACUCCUGCUGGCGUGCAACGGGAGACUGGGACGCGAUCAGCAGGAAAAAUGCACUCUGGGCCCAGUUCCUGUUCAUGUUCGGCUUCACCAAGGUCGUCAAGCUGAUGGGGCUCUUUCUGCGCAAUCCCAGCGACAUCAAAUAUUUGAUCGUCUCCAUCAUUUUCGGCUAUUUCCACGGGCUCGUCAAAGUCUAUGCCCUCUUCACCCUCAGGAUGACAUCUUGGGGCAGCCGCGAAGGUGGCGAUACGAACGACAACGUCCGGCUCACGCCGCGGCCUCGCCGCGACCCGCGCCUGGAUCUGCCGUCGAGGUCAGACGGGGAUCUUCCCCAACACACACAUGCCUCGUCGACUUAUUGGCCCGCCGAUCAGCGGGGGGGCUGCGAGGUAUCUGAAAAAACCUCGCUACUGGAGGAAAAUUACUGCAAGGACUGCACAGCAGCCGAAAUACACAUUUGGGACGAGUAA